UGGGAAUAUUAAUAUCAAUUUAAUUAACUCGAAGCAAGAUUUAGCCCAGAAGGAGAUGUUUUACCAUGAAUAAAGGAGAAAAUGAAGUCUGAAGUCUCAGCUUUUCCAGCAAGGCACUGAACUCUGAUCCACAGAGAUACUUAGAUACCUAUCUUCCCCUAGACUGGAAAUAGGCAAGGAAGUAUAUUUAAGAGCCUGCAUCUCAUUAGCUCUGAUUCAUAUUGAUGCAAAAAGUAUUCACAGUUUCCCAGGAGGGAGAGGUGAAUAAUGGGUACAGCACUGUGAGAAAACAGCACUACAAAAUCACAAUUACAGAAGGAGUAUCACAACCUUUGCAACUAUAAGGGCUGAUUUUGGUUUUCCAGCACUCAUUGUGAACCCUGGGAACUUAACCCCACUCUUCAACAGCUCUGUGCUAUUAACAUAACUGUUAAUGAACUCACCAUCAGUGGACUGCGUUCAGUCUUAGACUUUGUGUGGUACUUCUAACAGCCACUGACGUAGGCACAGCCAGCAAAGGUGCCACCAGCUGGAACACCUUAGUUAAAGCAAAGCUAAUCAGAGGCACAGUUACGUGAAUAGGAUCAGAAUCUAGCUCAGUAUCAGCACAGAGACUGUGACUGCUCAAUGAACGACUCAGAUUACCAAUAGAUUACUCUUCUUGUUGCUUUCUUGAGUCUCAAAGGAAAACUAAAGUAUUGUCAGGGCAGCUUUCAAUUAGCAGCCUUUAUUUCAUGCAUUAUAUAGAUCUAUGCAUGCCAAGGUGACACAGGAAUAUUAUUAAAAUGUUUUACCCAUUUCCAGAAAAAUAGAUGAAUGGAAUGAAAGGAACGUUUCCCUCCCUGGUUGUAUCUGAAAUGAGACUGUAUCAAACAAAAUCUCUUUGUCUCUUUCGUUCGCCUUCUGUCUGCAUCUGGAACUUGAUUUGAUCCAGAGUACACUAUUUCAGUUCUGUCCCUAUGGUAUAACUCCAGUUUUUUACCUUUGUAUAUUUUACAAGUCUUCUGUUACUUAGAAAAUUAUUUAAAGAUGAACUCUGAAAUGUCAUCAUAUCUCAAAUUACUUUCCCUGUGUGUUGUGUUUGUGGAGGUACUCAAUGAUUCUCUUUGCACAUUAUUCUCUCCCACUCAAAAACCCACAGAAUGAACCAGGGGAGGAAAUUUUCCUUGGAACCCUCAAAUGCUAUGCCAGUGGAGCCCGAUGUUCAAACUCAAUUGCUAGAGAGUAAGCCUCGUGGUGUGUCCAAACCCUGCAGCUUUCAAGGAACACAAAGCCUUAGAAAUUUACCAAAAGGCCAGAGCAAACUCUUCAAAGGUUCUGUGUCCCCAUAGCCUGGCUCCUGUUGGCCGUAUCUUGAAUUCACUGUAUUUGUGUUACAAAGGUUGUCUGUAGGCUCAGAUCUCUGAAUCUCCUUUGCUGUAAAUGAACAGUGUAACUCCGUAUCUCCUAAGCCCUUUUACUAAUUGACUUCAGACUUUCCAGAAAAGUUCUAGUUCAGGAUAUAAAGAUGUUCUAUGGUAGGAAACAGGAUAAUUUUUACCUAUUCCAGUCAUCACUGCUGGCUUGUCCUCGAGGAAGAUAAAAUAUUCUGAUUUUGAAUGAAAUGUUCAUGAAAUCAUCUACAAAAUGAAAUGGCUGUGAAUGAGAAUACAGCAUGAUUACUGUACAUAAAUUUGGGAGUUCCCUAGUAGUACUCACCAUCUUCAGUAAAAACACCUUGAAAAAGGACAGUAAAACAAAUUUUCCAGCAGCGAUCCAACAAGAAAUCUCCUUUUGACAGGUAGUAUAUAAAGAUACAUAAAAUAUAUAUAAAAAGUAUUACAAAAUAUAUGAAGUAUUUGUGGGCAAUACUGGUGGUAGGUGGAUGGUUGGAUUAGAUGAUCUGAAAGGUCUUUUCCAACCUUAAUGAUUCAGCGGUUCUAGAGUUCAGCCAAAGAUACAGAAUGCAUAUAGUUGUCCUAAACCUUUGGCUGUAGUUGUUACAUCGUCAGCUGAAAACCUUCUUUGCCCAGGUAUAAUUUAUUCACGUUAGUCAAAAUCAGUGUUUCUUUGCAGCUGCAAAAUAUGAUCCAGUAAAAUGAACAUUAAUCAGAUAUCUUCUUUGAGAACAUUUGUCUUUUUUUUUUUAUUUCACCUUUCUUCAUCUUCCUAUAAUUCCUAUAAUAGCAGAGCAGAAUGUAAUUUCUCUUUUCUACCUUCAUUUCAUAGUCACUGAGGUCUUAGAUAUCUGAAAUGUACUGUCCACUGGAAAUUGCAAUCUGCUUUGUGCAGCUCUUGGAUAUAUUUAAAUCUUCUUUUACCCUUCAAAGGCUGGUUGAAAGAAGUGUUAGAUCAUUAUUUCAGGCUGUAGCUUAAUGCUUAGGUUUAACAGUGUAUGAUCUCUCUCCACUGUUCACCAAAGACCUUCAUUCAGUGAAGGUCAAGGUAUUAGAAUGCUAUUUUUAAAUAUACACCCAGCCGUAAAGAGUUAAAAAUAGACUCCUACAAAAACGUCCAGUAAUUGGUUAAACCUUGUUAGGCAUCACAUGAAGAUGAUAACUCCUCCCAGGAAAAGACAUAGCAAAAGCAGCUUUGACAUGGAUUUAUACUUAGAAGAGCAGCUGCAGGCUUACUGGGAAGGAGUUCACAAGGCAGGCUCCUCAACAACUAGCAGAAAAGGAAAAAACAAAACAGCUUCAUUCUGCAAAGGAAGGGAAGGAAAUAAAAGACAUUUUUUUCCUCAUCAUGAUCUGCAAAUGAAUUCCAUGGAUUCUCGUCUUUGGAACAAUCACCAGUAGACAGAGAGCCUAAAAAUAUGGAGCUGGGAAAGGCGAAACUGUUGAGAACCGGCCUCAAUGCUUUAUACCAAGCCAUCCAUCCUGUGCACGGAAUUGCCUGGACAGAUGGGAAGCAAGUGAUACUGACUGCUUUAUACUACCAUAAUGGAGAGCUGAAGUUUGGAGACUCAAGUGUUGUUGGUCAAUUUGAACACGUGCAUGGGCUUUACUGGGGCCCAUGUUGCUCUACAGAGACCCCAGCUCUGCUUGCUGUUCAGCAUAAAAAGCAUGUUAGCGUUUGGCGGCUGGGCCACAGCACUGCGGAGAAAAACAAACCCUUGAUUUCUCAGACUUGUGAAAUUGGUGAGCCGUUCCCAUUGCUUUCCCAGGGCUGUGUGUGGCAUCCAAAAAAGGAGGUCUUGGCUGUCCUUACAAAAAGAGAUGCUUCAGUCUUGCACACUGUUCGAACGGACAAUACCAGAGUUAAGGCAGAUAUCAAAAGCAGUGGGCUUAUUCAUUGUGCUUGCUGGACUAAGGAUGGUAAUCGCUUAGUAGUUGCUAUAGGCAGCACCCUGCAUUCCUAUAUAUGGGAUGAUGCUCAAAAAACUCUAAAUGCCUGCUCCUUUUGCCCAAUCUUUGAUGUGGGAGGCUAUAUCUGUGCUAUAGAAGCCACGCUGGAUUUCCAAAUUGCUGUAGCUACUGAGCUUCCUUUAGAUAAUAUCUGUGGUUUGAACGCAGGCAUUACAUUUGAUAUGCCAUCUGGUGCUGAAACUAGUUCUUUAACCUCGCAGUCUACUACAGCACUUGGUGAUGAAGAGUACUCCAUGGACCUGCGAAGAAAGUCCACAGACUCCGAUAGAUCAGGCACUGUUGAUUCAGUAGCUUCUUCUUCAUCAGGUCCUUUGGAUUUAACCCACAUCCUUGCAAAUCACCGUCGGUCUGAUCCCAGUCCUCUCAUUACUCUGAAACGCAAAGAUUCUGCAGCAAUAAAUGGUCAAGAUUCUUCUUACCUGAUCUUGGUGACUUUUGAAAGGAAGGUAACCACCACCAGGAAAGUCAACAUCCCAGGUAUUCUGGUUCCUGAUAUAAUGGCUUUUGACCUCAGAGCUCAGAUCGUGGCAGUAGCCUCUAAUACUUCUAACAUUGUUUUGGUGUAUUCAGUAACCUCUUCCUGCAUGCCCCAUAUUCAACAAAUCCAGCUGGAAAAAAAUGAAAGACCAAAAGGCUUAUGCUUUUUGACAGAUAAACUCCUACUGAUAUUAAUUGGGAAGCAGAAAUUCCCUGAGCCAAGUCUUAUUCCAUCUUCAAAUUCGGACAGGUAUGUAAUGCGCUUGAUGAUCAAAGAACUGAUGCUGGAAGAAGAUGCUUCAACGCUGCCAGACACGAAGCAGCAUAUGCUUUAUAACUUUGUAUCGUCUGUGAACAUACCUGGAAAAAGAAAGUUCUUUGAAAACCUUGCCACAGAAGACCAACAUCAAAGCAGAGACCUGUUAAUACCAAGAAGUACAGUUAUUCAAUCUCCGAGCGGCAGGAGAAGACUCAUCGAAGAAGUGAAAAGCCCUAGUUAUGAGCAGAGCUCUUCAUCAAGUGUUAGUGACUUGGAUGAGAAAAAGCUCCCAGGUGACCCCUCUGUUGCCUUGGAAACUUUGGAUACCGAACCUAUCAAUCGUUCAAUGGCUCUUCUUGGUUUUGGAACAGCUACCAGGCUUUCCAGCAGACCAGCUUCCCCUAAAGUGCAGUUCAAUGUAAUUGAAGAAACAUCAAGUUCUCCUAAAAACAACAAUUUACCAAGUGAAAGAGGCAUGAGUCACAUUUCUAGAAAUUUAGAGAGACUUUGUGGCAGUUUCAAUGACUUACAACUGAGUCUUUCUGAAAUAACAGACUUUGCUAAAAACGGGAGAAGGGUAUCUUUAGCCUACCCAAGUUCACAAGAACCACCGGUCAUUCAUAUCACUUACCAGGUAAAUUUUUCAUCAAAAAAUUUUUCAAAUGGAGCAGUUACUGAAGAAACAAAAGAUGUUCUCCUCUGUGAUGGCAAGAUCCAUUUGAAUUUAGUCCAGCAGCUGUUUGACCUGACCAUUAUUGAAAUGAAACACGGCUCUUCUUGGAUCGUGCUCACUGCAGACAAGGACGGCUUUGUGCCAUUAAUAUUCAAAGCAAGACAGGACAUAAUCAUAAGGGAUGGAACUGACAGUUCAGAAGUCUGCGGUCGUCACUCCUACAAAAAGGGCAGUUUAAUGCAGCCACCAAGCAGAGUGACAUAAGUGCUCACCAAAGAACACCAAUGAUCUUUUUUUUUUUUUGCUAAAGCAAUACAGAGAUGUUCCGAGGUAUCAGACAUUGAAUGACUAGAAAGUUGUCUUCACUGCUUUCAAUAUAUUUGGACUAAAAUCUGCGGCACGGUCACACAAUAGCUGAGUCCUAGGGUUGACUACACCCUCAUGAUUUCUUCAGAAUGAUCAGACCUAGAAUGGAGUAUACCAGUGUUAUUAAUUGUUAUUAAUAACAUUUUGUUAUUAAUGACUGCCAGUGGACUGGAGCAGUGACAAGCCUCUAAUUGUGGUCACGAUGUUCUGGGAGAAACAGUAUGCUAAAAAUCAGGCAGUAAAAACCAGCCUAACCAAUAUGGGAGUACAGCCUACACAAAAGCUGGAGAAAGUGCUACUAACAAGCAUUUAUACUAAGGAAAACUGCAAAAAGAGAAAGGAAAGUACUUUUUGGCUCUAUAUGAAGUUCCUAUGGGUCCCAUGGAAACCUGCAACAUUUUUCAGAAAUGCAUAAUGCAAACAUGAAAAUGUUCAGCUACAAAUAUGGCUGCAUCAUUGUGUCCUGUCACUGUCUCACACAGCAUGGAGAUUUAUACAUGCACACUGAAGAGAAAGGAAAAAAAAACAACUUGUCAGGUGAAUUAAAGAUCAAAGACAUUGAGUGUAAAUGUCAUUUGGCUAAAUGCAGAUGUCUGAGCUGAACUUGCCAUCCAGGCACCUGUAUGAUCAGACAAAUAAAGGAAAACGCUCCUAUAGCAGAUUAUUCGUGUCCUAUCAUAGUUUCUAAUACUAGUCAUGGUGAGCCAUUCCUAUUAAAUAAGUAAUUAAGUGCCUGUUCCUUUCUACUGGCUGCAAAGCAAGCUGGUGUGACUGCUCUGAAUACAGACAUUUGCAUUUAUUCAGAUUAACCUCACUCUGAGAACAGUUUCAAUUCGUUGAAAUAAGUAAUGUCCUUCUCAUGCAAACAUCUUCCCAGAGACUAAGACAUCAUCAUUCUAACAAGCCUACAAGCUCAGGUGUGAGAUGUAGCUGGGUGUUUAUUUGUACUGCAAGAUUUCUAAAUCAUGUAACGUAUUUUGAAGAAGCAAAAUAUAUUUGAACAACAUCCUUGUGUCUCACAGCAGAAUCUGGUGUUUAAAAUACAUAGGCCUGUGGCCAAGUAAACAAAUUAUAAUUAACUAGAAAUGAUGGAAGGAUAUAUUUUAUGGAAUAUUUAGGCUAAACUAAGGGAAGAACUAAAGGAAAUGUUUUUGGACAAGUAUUGCCUUCUAAAGGGAAUGGUGAUAGUUCCACAGGUUGGUCCACUUAUAUGAGGCUAUUGAAACACAAAAUGUGUGUUGUAUGGAACAGAUCUGCACUAUGAACAUACAAAGUUGAACAAAAACAGGACUGAGCCUUCCAGGUUGGUUACACAGCAAUACACUUCCAUCUGUACUCCACAGUUUCUUUGAGUUCGUGACAUGCAUUAUUCCAAAGGAUUCCUUGUUGGAGGAAUACUCACGUUCCACAUUUUGCCAACUUCAUGCCUUAGUGCCAUUACAGCAACCAAAGGGGGAAAUCUUAACUGUUGAGAUCAGGAAGUGUGUGCAUCAAAGCUGCCUCGGAACUUAUAAUUAUCACUAGACAUUUCAAUGUCAGCCUGCCACGCUACCAUUUUAAUUGUUUAUGUACUACUUUUCUACGAAAUGAUCUGAAUGUUGAGAACAGGAAUGAAAAGUGCUUCUGUGCCACAAUGGCUAUCAAAGUUUGGUUUGGUUCACUGGAGAUAAAAGGAGGCCAACAAACUUUCAGAUGACAGAACAAUUAGUUUCAGGGCAUAGCUGACUGUUACAUUCAAAAACUUAAUUCUGUGAUGUUUAACAAACUUUUUUUAUUUGUUACAAUUGGGGACAUUGUUUUCCCUUGCUGUAUGAUUCUUGGACCAAAGUAGGAACCAGUCUGUCUGCAGGCACUAUUGUUACUCAGCACAAUUAGCCUAGUCACAAAUGGGGACCCCAGUUCUCAUUUGAGGACAUUUAGAAUUGCACAGGAUGGCUUAGGAGAAGUGUUCUUUACAAUCAAUGAAAAAUUAAAAAACAGCAAUACCUUCCAGUUUCUGAACACACAUCAUGCACAUCUAACUCAAUUUGAAAACGUUUAAAUCAUAUGCGUGCAAUUACAACUAAAUGACUCCUAAGCGAAGAAAUAUUUGUUUACAGGUAAUGAUUUAGGGAUCCAGUGCAGAAGUAUUUUAUAUAGUGUCUAUCACCAGGCUGUAAAUUUAAAAUGGAAAAUAAUAAAAGCACUGGAGGAAGUGCAGAAGGGAUUUAUGCAAAGCAGAGGAUAAAUUUUCAGCUUUGGUUUGGAUGGAGAACAGAUGGAGAAUCAGUGAAGUAGAGAGAUAGAAGACUGUUCUAUUAAGCACAAGCUGUACAGAAGAUUUUUGCACAAACAAUGAAAAAGGCAUGUGGAAAGAUAAAAAGAGUCUGUGCUCAGCUGAGCAGACCGUAGGCCGUGAAAAGGAGAAAAACACAGACUGGGAAGCAUUCACCUUCCUCCAGCAAGGCUAUUUUAUAUCCGGUGGCCAAAACAGAAAAAAGGGAAGAGUUGUUUGGGUGACUUCUAUGUCGUGAAGGGGCUAAACCCCUCUUCAGGCUCCUCCUGUCAUCAGCAGAAAGCUCGGGCUCCUCCAGGAAAGCAAUGAGGAGUACCUGUGCUGACUCCUGCCUAGAGUCACUUUUUGGGAAGUCUCUUUCAUAAUUUAAACAAAGGAAAGCUAAGGAACUUUGGGACUUUGAUUAGGAGCCAAAGCUUAACAGUUGCACUCAGUGUGUCAUACUAUGCACUCAGAACACUUCAUGGUAUACCAGCUCCUCCUUCCCUUGUGGGGAAUAAACAGCAAACCAGAAAAUUUGAAGUUCCAUUUAAAUUCCUCUGCAUCUUUAUCUGGCACAUUUAUAUGCAACCUGGUAUAUUUUAGGUGCUAGUAUAUCAUUACUUUCAAGUACAAUCUGCUCCAAAUUAUAGCUGAAACUUACCUUACGUUUUCCUUAACUUUGCUGUUAAACAUGUGGUAUCUGUUUUAGUCUUCCUGGUUCCUUCUGUUGCCACCUCCUUGAGGGAACUGCUAAGCACAGGAGGGUUGUAUGACAGGUGGUUGGGGUUUUUUUUUUCCCCUCUUUUGAUUUUGAAAACAAGUAUAGUGAAAACAAUAAUAAACAAUAUAAAAAUUUCAUGCGACAAAAUGAAAGUCAGUUGCAUGUCUGUUGGCCAAUCUGUGAUGCUGACUUUGCACGGUGAAAUAUUUCCUUGGUAUUCUUCAUAACAACUAAAAAGUCAGAGUUUACUGGUGUAUGAAGUGAACCCUGCAUGACCCUCAACCAUUUAUUUCCCCUUCUUCCUCUGCUAUUAUUAAAGAGCUGGGUGUCCUUGAAUAAAGUUCCAGAAAAUUAUUAUCUGUACUCAUGCUAAAAAUCUCAGUUAUAAAUUUCCUUUUAGCACACUUUCAAUCAUUUAGACAGCAUAAAUCAAGCCAAACUUCCUUUUCCCUAUUUCUGAUUUUUAUCUGUUUUCCCAGCUUGGACAAUGAAUGUAUACCCUGUCUUAACAUGAAACUGCAAGCAUCAGACCAAUAUUUUUUAGGACAAG